UGCGGCAGUGCGCCGUCGGCGCGCUAGGGGGCGCAGCGCCCGGGACGGCGAGCUGAGGGGGUCCAGACCGGUGGCUCAGCAGCGCCUAGCGGCCGGGCCCGUCACUUCCAGUCCUCUUCCAGCCCGCAUGACCACGAGCCAGCCAAUCGGCGCCGGGAGGCAGAGUUGUCCCUGUGGCCGCCAUUAAAGAAAGGAAUCCGUGAAUUCAAAUGGAAACCAGCAGGAACAGAGACCGAAAUAAUGGUUAAAACGACCGAAAAAAUAUAGUCCUCCACCAGCCUUCGAUCGUCUUUUACAAGAUGUUUUUCAUUUUUAAACCGAAUCCGGCGACGAUGGAGGAAUAGAGGGGCGAUUUUUUUUUUAACCCAGACCGUUUUAACCAAAGGGGGAGGGGGAGAGUUGCGAUUUUUUUUUGUUUUAAGAGCGUUUUCGUGCUUUUUUUUUCCCCGUUUUUUUUAAAAAAGAAAACGACCGAGCCUCACUCAAGGAGCGUCUCUUUUUUUUUUUUUAUAUCAGGCGGACGAUGCGGAGGUGGCGGUGCUGUUUUUAAUUUACGGCGGAUUAUUUUUGGGAAGGGGGGAGAGAGAGAGAGUGCUGACGGAGGAGAGAAUCUAAAUGAGCUGUUGAAUUACAUUCCCCCGGCCGAUUGUUUAAAACCAUCCUCGGCGUGAGGUGUUUUUUAACGGGGGGUUUUUUUUUUUAAAUAAAAAAAAAAAUCCACGCGCGUACAAAAAAAAAAAACCCCAACAAAAAAAAAAAGAAGAAAAAUUGUUCUUUCUUUCUUGGGAACUUGAAACGAUGGAGUGGUCGAUCUCGAUGUGAAAGGAUGAGUUCUUGCUUUGUACCAAACGGAGCGAGCCUGGAAGACUGCCAUUCCAACCUAUUCUGUCUGGCUGACCUGACUGGAAUCAAAUGGAAGAAGUACGUGUGGCAGGGCCCCACCUCGGCGCCCAUCCUCUUCCCCGUGACGGAGGAGGACCCCAUCCUCUGCAGCUUUAGCCGCUGCCUGAAGGCCGACGUGCUGAGCGUGUGGCGGCGGCACCAGACCGCGGGGCGCCGGGAGCUCUGGCUCUUCUGGUGGGGGGAGGACCCCAACUUCGCCGAGCUCAUCCACCACGAGCUGACAGGGGAGGAGGAAGGGGCGUGGGAGAGCGGGCUGUCCUACGAGUGCCGCACGCUGCUCUUCAAGGCCAUCCACAACCUGCUGGAGCGCUGCCUGAUGAACCGCAGCUUCGUGCGCAUCGGCAAGUGGUUCGUCAAGCCCUACGAGAAGGACGAGAAGCCCAUCAACAAGAGCGAACACCUGUCCUGCGCCUUCACUUUCUUUCUGCACGGAGACAGCAACGUGUGCACCAGUGUGGAGAUCAAUCAGCACCAGCCCAUCUACCACCUCAGCGAGGGCCACCUCACCCUGGCGCAGCAGUCCAACAGCCCCUUCCAAGUAAUUCUGAGUCCGUUUGGUUUGAAUGGGACCCUGACUGGCCAGUCGUUCAAGCUGUCGGACCCCCCCACUCAGAAGCUGAUCGAGGAAUGGAAGCAGUUCUACCCCAUCAGCCCCAGUUCCAAGGAGAGCUCCGAGGACAAGCCGGAUGACAUGGACUGGGAGGACGACUCCCUGGCGGCGGUGGAAGUCCUCGUGGCUGGAGUUAGAAUGGUCUACCCUGCCUGUCUAGUGUUGGUUCCUCAGUCAGACAUCCCUGCCGUGACCCCUGUGGGGUCCUCCCACUGCACAGCUGUCUAUUCUGGUGUCCACCAAGUGCCUGCUUCCACACGAGACCCCGCAAUCUCGUCUGUGACCCUCACUCCACCCACCUCUCCCGAGGAAGCCCAGACAAUGGAUUCCCAGUCAGCCCAGAAGUGGGUGAAGUUUUCCUCCGUUUCCGAUGGCUUCAGCACGGACAGCACCAGUCACCAUGGUGGCAAAAUCCCACGCAAGCUGGCCAGCCAGGUGGUGGACAGGGUGUGGCAGGAGUGCAAUAUCAACCGAGCUCAGAACAAGCGGAAAUUCUCUGCCACUACAAAUGGUACCUGUGAAGAAGAAUCGACUGACAAAGCUGGAUCCUGGGAUUUUGUUGACCCAACACAGAGGUCAAACUGCAACUGUUCAAGGCAUAAAAACUUGAAGCAGAGAGCUGGCAGUACCCCAGGACAGCCGCAGGCAGCUGGCCAGCCCCCCCAGCCUCCCCCCAAGCACAAGGCGGUGGAGAAACCCGAGAAGGGCGAGAAGCAGCAGAAGAGGCCUCUCACCCCCUUCCACCACCGCACCUCUAUCUGCGAGGACGUGUCCAUGGAGCCCGACGCCACCGGCCAGCGGCUGGGCAUGAGGGCGCAGGACGGGGGGGGCGAGCCCCUGAAGAACCCCGCCACCCCGCACAGCCAACACUUCUACCAGCCCGCCCCCGAGCCCUGCCUGGUCCCCCAGAAACCUGCCGAGGACCCCCGCCUGGACCCCCUGGCCCAGCCCUUCCCCCCGGCCUACUCCGAGGCGAUGGAGCCCACUGUGUACGUCGGGGCGGCUGUCAGCCCCGACGAGGAUAAUGCCCACGCUCCCUGGAAGUUCUUCAUCCUGCCGAGGAAGAAGGACUCGGAUUUCGCGCCACCCCAGCUACCCGGAGACAAACUGCGGGACGACCUGCCAGGAACGGGAAGUCAGGAGAGCGUCGUGUCGGUCACAGAGUUGAUGGCCACCUCCAAGAACCCCCUGAAAGUGUCGGAAGGGCUGGUGCAGAUGUACAUCCAAAGGAGGACCCAGUACCUGUCGGCCGCCAUCUCCGACUCCGACCACGAGCCCGAGCUGGACCCCUACGCCUUCGUGGACGGGGACGUGGAGUUCUCCUUCCGGGACAAGAAGGACAAGCAGGGCGGGGAGAGGGAGGCCGGCAAGAAACACAAGGCGGACGACGGCUCCAACGGCGGCCCGGUCCCCGCGGAGGGCGAGGACGCGAUGUCGCUGUUCAGCCCCUCUGCCAAGACAGACGCCCAGCGUUCGGCCGCCCAUAAUCGCACUGCAUCCACCAGCCUGAUGCACGAGAACGACCUGGCUGUCUCCAUCAAUGACCUGGACAAUCUCUUCAACUCCGACGAAGACGAGCUUGCGCCUGGUGCCAGACGUGCUGUUAAUGGGACAGAUGAGAAAUUUGGCAAUAAGGAGGCAAAGCCAGCAUCGCUUGACCAACUCUCUUGCAUAAGCUCUGCCGAUCUGCACCAGAUGUUUCCAACACCUCCCUCGCUGGAGCAGCACAUCAUGGGCUACUCCCCGAUGAACAUGAACAGCAAGGAGUACGGCAGCUUGGACAACGCCUCCGGCAUGACGGUGCUGGAUGGCAGUUCCGUGCUGGGAGGCCAGUUCAAAAUCGAGGUGGAAGAAGGCUUCUGCAGUCCCAAGCCAUCAGAAAUCAAGGAUUUCUCCUUCGUGUACAAGCCAGAAGGGUGCCAGGCAUUUGUUGGCUGUUCAAUGUUUGCUCCCCUGAAGACCCUGCCCAGCCAGUGUCUGCCACCCAUAAAGCUGCCUGAGGAGUGCCUGUACCGGCCCAGCUGGACUGUGGGAAAGCUGGAGCUGCUCAACCCGGUGCCGGCCCUCACCUUCCUCAAUAAAGACGGUAACAUCCCCAGUGUAGGCAGUGCGAUGGACCAGGACUACAUCCAGACGUAUACGCCACAGACUCACACACCCUUCAUGUCCAACAGUGCUCCCCCCAGCAAUGGCGGGACGGGCAUCCUGCCUUCCCCUGCCACCCCCCGCUUCUCUGCGCCCACGCCCAGGACACCUCGCACCCCGCGCACUCCUAGGGGUCCCGCCAGCGUCCAGGGCUCACUGAAGUACGAGAACUCGGACCUGUACUCGCCCGCGUCCACCCCUUCCACCUGCCGGCCCCUCAACUCGGUGGAGCCGGCCACCGUGCCCUCCAUCCCAGAGGCCCACAGCCUGUACGUCAACCUCAUCCUGUCCGAGUCAGUCAUGAACCUCUUCAAGGACUGCAACUUCGACAGCUGCUGCGUGUGCGUCUGCAACAUGAACAUCAAGGGCGCCGACGUGGGCGUCUACAUCCCCGACCCCAACUGCGAGGUGCAGUAUUCCUGCACCUGCGGCUUCAGCGCUGUCAUGAACCGCAGGUACGGCAACGGCUCGGGGCUCUUUCUGGAGGACGAGCUGGACAUCAUCGGGCGCGGCUCGGACGCCAGCCGGGAGGUGGAGAAGCGCUUCGAGGCCGUGCACGGCAGCGGCGCCUCGGCUGAGCGGGCCGGCAGCCUGAGGGACCAGGUGCCCGACGACCUCAUCCUCCUGCUGCAGGACCAGUGCACCAACCCCUUCUCGCCCAUCACCGCCCCUGAGCCGGACAGCGCGCCCGCCAGGGGGCCCGGCGCCCCCCCGCCCUGCGUGCGCGUGGAGGAGAGGGACUGCUACAGCGACUGCUACUUGGCCCUGGAGCAUGGGCGCCAGUUCAUGGACAACAUGUCCGGGGGCAAGGUGGACGAGGCCCUGGUCAAGAGCACCUGCCUGCAUCACUGGGCCAAGCGCAACGCGGUGGACGUGAGCAUGCUGUGCUCUCAGGACGUGCUGCGGGUCCUGCUGUCCCUCCAGCCCGUGCUGCAGGACGCCAUCCAGAAGAAGAGGACGGUGCGCUCCUGGGGCGUGCAGGGGCCCCUCACCUGGCAGCAGUUCCACAAGAUGGCUGGACGGGGAUCCUACGGCACAGACGAGUCCCCAGAGCCCCUGCCCAUCCCCACCUUCUUGGUGGGGUACGAGUAUGACUUUGUGGUGCUCUCGCCCUUCGGCCUGCCCUACUGGGAGAAGCUGCUGCUGGAUCCCUUCGGCUCCCAGCGGGACGUUGGGUACCUGGUGUUGUGUCCCGAGAACGAGGCUCUGCUCAGCGGGGCCAAGGGCUUCUUCAGGGACCUGACUGCAGUGUACGAGUCCUGCCGGCUGGGCCAGCACCGGCCCAUCUCCAAAACGCACCCCGAUGGCAUCGUCCGGGUGGGCACCGCCGCCGCCAAGAAGCUGGCAGACCAACCGGUCAGCGACUGGUUCUUGAAGGCCGCCAGCAGCAACAGCGAUUCAUUCGCCAAACUCAAGCUGUAUGCGCAAGUGUGUCGCCAUGAUCUGGCUCCCUACCUAGCCGCACAGUCGCUCGACAGCUCUCUGCUCGUGCAGCCCAGCCCCCCUCCAGCUUCCAGCCAGUCCUCGUCCACGCCGGCCCCUGUCGUGAGCGCCCCCGGCUCUCAAGGCACCCUGACGUCCAGCGGCACCAUGACGGCCACCGCCGGCACUGCCAUCCCCCCCAGCGCCAGCGGCACCCCCUCUUCCACGCUGCCUUCCUCAGGGCCGGUGGGCAUGGGCAGCAGCCUGCAGUCCUCCAAGCCCAGCUCGUUCCCCCCCUUUGGGAACAUGGGCGCCCAGAGUGGCUCCUCCCAGAGUGGGACGCUGGGGCAGCAGGCGGGCACACAGGCCCCCGGGAUCACGGGGGAGAACGUGCCUGGCGCCGCCCAAACACAGGGGCCAGCUGAACCUCCAGAGAGCACUAUGGAACGGGAGAAGGUGGGGGUCCCGACUGAUGGCGAUUCCCACGCUAUCACCUACCCACCAGCCAUUGUGGUGUACAUUGUGGACCCUUUCACGUACGAGGAGAUGGAGGGCGGUGCGCAAUCUUCCAGUGUGUGGACGCUGGGCCUUCUACGCUGCUAUUUAGAGAUGCUGCAGUCCUUGCCACCACAUAUCAGGAAUGCUGUAUCUGUGCAGAUUAUUCCCUGCCAGUACCUGUUACAACCGGUCAAGAACGAUGAACGGCACAUCUAUGCCCAGCACCUGAAGUCUCUAGCCUUCUCGGUGUUCUCUCAGUGCCGCCGGCCUCUGCCCAUCUCCACUAACGUCAAGACACUGACCGGCUUCGGCCCGGGCCUAGCACUGGACACAGCCCUCAAGAGCCCAGAGAGGCCCGAGUGUUUGCGACUCUAUACUCCACCUUUUAUCCUGGCCCCGGUGAAGGACAAACAGACGGAGCUGGGAGAAACUUUCGGAGAAGCCUCUCAGAAGUAUAACGUGCUCUUUGUGGGCUACUGUCUCUCUCAUGACCAGAAGUGGCUCCUAGCCACCUGCACUGACCUCUACGGCGAACUGCUGGAAACCUGCAUUAUAAACAUUGACGUACCCAACAGGGCUCGGCGGAAAAAGGGCUCAGCCCGAAGACUGGGCCUCCAGAAGCUGUGGGAGUGGUGCCUGGGGCUGGUGCAGAUGACCUCGCUGCCGUGGAGGGUCGUCAUAGGACGGCUGGGCAGAAUAGGCCACGGGGAGCUGAGAGACUGGAGCAUUCUGCUCAGCCGGCGCAAUCUGCAGUCUCUCAGCAGGCGGCUGAAGGAGAUGUGCAGGAUGUGUGGCAUCUCUGCAGCAGACACUCCCAGCAUCCUCAGCGCUUGCCUAGUCGCCAUGGAGCCCCAAGGCUCCUUCGUCAUCAUGCCAGACUCGGUGUCCACGGGCUCCGUGUUCGGGCGCAGUACAACACUGAACAUGCAGACUUCGCAGCUGAACACGCCGCAGGACACCUCCUGCACUCACAUCCUCGUGUUUCCCACCUCGGCCUUCGUGCAGGUGGCCAACUCGAACUACACUACUGAGAACAUUGACAUUGCGUUCAACCCCAUCAACGAUGGAUCAGACGGAAUGGGCAUCUUUGAUCUGCUGGACACGGGAGAGGACCUGGUGGACCCUGACAUCAUCAACAUCUUGCCUGCGUCCCCAACUACGUCUCCUGUGCACUCGCCGGGCUCUCACUACCCCCAUGGCGGAGAUGGGAGCAAGGGACAGAGUACGGACCGGCUGGAGUCUCACGAAGAAGCUCCUAAUAUCCUCCAGCAGCCUCUGGCUCUCGGCUACUUUGUAUCAACAGCUAAGGCUGGCCCUCUGCCAGACUGGUUUUGGGCAGCCUGCCCCCAAGCACAGAACCAGUGUCCCCUUUUCCUUAAGGCCUCUUUGCACCUCCAUGUGUCUUCAGUGCAAUCAGAUGAGCUGCUUCACAGUAAACACUCCCAUCCCCUGGAUUCAAACCAGACCUCAGAUGUACUCAGAUUUGUAUUGGAACAGUACAAUGCCCUUUCCUGGCUAACCUGUGACCCAGCGACACAGGACAGGCGCUCCUGUCUGCCUAUUCACUUUGUGGUGCUGAAUCAGAUGUACAACUUCAUCAUGAACAUGCUAUAAUUGACAGAGCAGAACCUUCCAGGGGAGGACGCAUGUUUGAAGGGAUUUUGACGUGACAGAUUACUACAGUGCUGGACUUUAUAUAUAGAGUUUAGAACUGUCUCCCAAUGCAAGUGAAUAGGGUAUGAGGUGUUUCUUACAAGUACCAUUGAGCCUGCAUGGUAAGCUUUUCUGUUAUUGUAUAAAAUGACUUGCAGAUCAUGGGGAUAUCUAUUACAAAGUAAUUACUGGAACAACUCUCCCUGCAGAAAUGGUAUUUGUUAUGGUAACAUCGGAGAUAGCCUGUUCACGUUACACUUAUCUGUCUAAAGUACUGGAAGAAAAGGGAUGUUCUUAAAUGAAACAAACUAAUUCAUUUCUUAGUAAAGACCUGAAAUUCCUGUCUUUGGAUGGUAUUGUAUCCAAAUGAAAAUGCCUGCAUCUAUCUUAUUUAUUGUAAGUUUUUAAAUGUAUAAUUUGUCUUAUUUCUUAACCUCUUUUAUAUAUUAAAAAAAUCCUAGAAGGUUUAUAUUGCCUUCUUGCUUUAAAGCAAUUGGUCUAAAAUAUAUGUAAUCGUCUUAAUUAAAAAACAACAAAAACACAUAAAAAAUAAAGUUGCAGUAGGUUGCUUUUAGAGUAUUAUUUUUUGUAAGGGGGACAGAAAUUUGUAUUGUCAUGAUGUACAGAUGAAGUAGGUUGGGGGUUAAUGUCCAUGCCUUUGUGUGGGGGGGACUUACAGCUAAGCUGUAGCUGCAGAGUACUUGUACAGCAAUGAAGUUCACUGUGUUUAUUCAAAUAAAAGAGGUACAUUGUCGUAUAUAGUAUUUUAUACCACACAUUUAGACACAAAAACCGAACGGCAAUAUAUAUAAAUAAUUAUAUAUAAACGCUGUGCCUCUAUGGGCGGUGCAGCUUCUGUUUUAGGAAUAAAGUGCGUCAACUCAAUUCUCCUGUGGUUGUGUUUAUUGGGGGGGGGGAGGGAUGCCUUUGUGAAAUUUAGCAAGGAAAUCGGAUGGAGUUUUUGCCGCGACAGCUGAAAGUACACGCUCGGAUACAUCUUGUAGUUGACUCCCGCGCUCAAAGACUGCAGUACGGUGUCCCGGGUGAUACUUUUAAGAAAGCAGUCCAGUGGCAGGCAAUGGGAUUGCGGGGCAGCGGGAGUGGAGCAGGUGUCUGUCUGGGUACAGACCGUCCAAAAUCCCACUCCCCCACAGCUCUGGGACUUGGCUUCCACUCGGGACUGAGCUAAACAAUCUGGUUGUCCAGCCCCCAGAUCCCGGAAGAUAACCCCCUUUCUGAUUUGCCAUGACCACAUUAAUAGCAUACCAACUUCUAUUACAUUGUGAAAGUAAAUGUGUGGUGUAAAUGAUUUCUUUUUAAUUAUUAUUUUAAAAGCCUGUGGCAUAUGCAGUGUUUGUGUGCACAGAGGAAGAUUAGCUGCUUUUUGUUCAGCUUCUAUUAGUCUUCCCCUGUUCUGAAAUAAACCUGUAUACUGGUUCUAAUGAACCCAUUGAUUCUCUCAUGCAUUAAAAAGUUAGUGGUUGGAAACUACUACAGAAGAAACAAUUCCUGGAGAGUAGUGCCCUGUUAAUUUCCAUUCAUGUUGUAGAGUCCUCUUGUCAAUACAGGCUUAAUUAGCUAGGGUAUUUUGCAUUGAUAUAAGGUCAAGAGUUGGCCACUUUAAUUUGUGUGUAAAUAUAUAUAUAAAAUAAAUAUGAUGUCAGCAGAUUUUAUUUGUUUCUACUGUAUAAAAGUUGUGCAAAGUGGCAACUAAUUUUUUUGUAGCAGUUAAUGUUUCUCCAAAAUGCGCGUUAGGAUCAUCACGGUGUCCGGAUCUGCGUUAAUAUCUGCAUACCGACCAUCAGAAUCAUGAUUUGGCAUAAAGCAUGGAUUUCACUUUAGGAUUCCCGGUGCUAUUGGUUGGGCAGUUAUUAGUCAGAGGUUCUCAUUGUGGAAAUUUUAAGUGAUUACCAUUUUAACAGGUCUGGUCUGGUUUAAAAGCCUAUGUUUUCAUGUUUUUUAUUAAAUCUAUAGUUCAGUCUUCAAAAAGGCAUAGUAUGAGCUUGCAAACUUCAUAAAAUAGGACCCCAUCAAUUUUUUAUUUUUUUGCUUUACUGUUAUUUCUGAAUCCUUAUGUUUUUUUUUCCCAGUGUGAAAUCCAUAAAAGCCUGACUAUUGCUUUUAUGAACCCACCAGCAUAGCCUUGUCCAAAUUCAACAUUCUUCAUUAUAAAUGGGAAAUACACUUUCCUGCUAUAUGUUGUGUGAUUGGAUUUUAAUGUAUUUUAUUUUCAAUCAUGGUGUGCAGGAUGUAUGAUUUCCUAAAAACAAAAAAGCAACAUUGAGGUGGUAAAGUAGUUCUGUAGUGUACAUUACUGACUUUUUUUUUUUGAGGGAGCAUGAAUAGGAACUUGCAGUCCAUAAAUUGCCAUGUUUGAUUUUUGUGUUUUUCAUGGUAAAAAGGGGGUCAAUAAGAGGUCAAACUGGAAACAUUUUGAAUGCUGGGUGGGCUUGACUUUUUGUUUGUACCAAUGAAUGACCCAAGUUUUAAACUUUAGUCUUCAAAGAACAGCUCUUGGUAUUAAACUGAUUUCCAUACAACUCGUGUGUAUAUAUAUAAAAAAAAGCAGUGAGCCUUUUCUCCAUUCUGAAAAAGCUUAUUGAAAAGACAUUGAUGGAGGGCAAGAUUGCAAAAAAUUAGCAGAGCUACACUCUUUGUCAUGGAGAUCAGUGACUAAUAUUGUACUACAGUUGGAUCCCUCUUAUCUUGAUUGCUCUGUAUGCAUUUCAUAUGUUUAUCUACAAAUUGCAAGUGGUGCUUGUGUUGAAGGUGAAGCAUCUGCUAAGUCUUGCUUGGGCAUUCAUGUGAGUUUUUUCUCGCCAACAGCUACCUAAUUAAAGAAGCAAA